ACCGCAGUUAUCUAUGUACUGGUAGAAGGGCGUGAAUCAAAUAAUUGUUUAAAUUAUUUAGUUUAGUGACAAAAAGUAGGAACUACUCUCAUAAUUAAAUGAGCUGGUCAUUCAUUUCUAUUGAAUGAUAUGGAAAAUGUGAUGUCCUGCUUUCAGAAUGAUUCGGCGACUAAUAGAACCUAUCGAUGAAUCGGUUUUCCUACCCUGCGUUAUCUGUAUCACGUUUGAAAAAUUACUCACCAAAGAUUAUAAUCUUUGUUACUCAUAUGAUAAAGCAUGAAAACCGAAGAAUUCGAUUAUUCGAGGUUCAGAAUGAAAUUGUAGUUGGAUGUGGAGCUGUAGUGUUUUAGUAUGUAAUGUUAUUGAUAGUGUGAUAUUCUAAUAAGAAACCGAUGACCAAAAUAACAGAAUACAAUGGUACCAAUGAUUUACACUUUAUAUGGAUUUGCAAUAUUUUUUUUCAUAUACUGGUUCGCCAUGUGGCUUCUUCAUGUCCUAGCAAUAUUUUAUGGGAAAUUCAAACUUCACAGAAAAUUACCUCAACCUGUUCUCGAUGAACCAUAUCCAGGUGUUUCUAUAUUAAAGCCCUUGAUGGGUGUGGAUUCUAAUUUAGCAGCUAAUUUAGAAACUUUUUUUACCAUGACGUAUCCCCAGUAUGAGCUUCUUUUCUGCAUUGAAGAAGAAGCCGAUCCAGCAGUGGCACUUGUUGAAGGUUUAAUUAAAAAAUACCCAAAAGUUUCAGCGAAAUUAUAUAAGGGAGCUACAUCAGUUUGUGUCAAUCCCAAAAUUAACAAUAUGAACAAAGCAUUUGAAGACAGUUUAUAUGAGUUUAUUCUGGUGUCUGACAGUGGCAUCAAAAUGAAAGAAGAUACCCUGCUUGAUAUGGUAUGCUAUAUGACUGAAAAAACAGGUUUAGUUCAUCAAAUGCCCUUCACAUGUGAUAGAAAUGGUUUUGCAGCUACAUUAGAAAAGAUAUACUUUGGAACGGCUCAAUCCAGGAUAUAUCUGGUAGCUGAUUUAUUUCGUAUUAACUGUCAUACAGGUAUGUCGACAUUGCUAAGAAAGUCAGUGCUUAAAGAAAAUGGGGGCUUGAAAACGUUUGGCUGUUAUUUGGCUGAAGAUUUUUUUAUAUGUAAAUAUUUUUUGGAUAAGGGAUGGAGAACAACGAUAAGCAGUCAACCAGCUAUGCAAAAUUCUGGACUGUGUGAUGUCAACAGCUUCCAAGCUAGACUAACAAGAUGGGCCAAACUGCGUGUAGCUAUGGUUCCUUUGGUUAUCAUUUUUGAACCAUUAUCAGAAUGUAUGGUGAUCGGAGCAUGUGCUGCCUGGGCAUCUUCUGUCUUGUUUCAGUGGGAUUCCCUAGCAUUCUAUUUAAUACAUGUUUUAUUAUGGUUCAUAUGUGAUUGGAUUUUAUUAACUACGGUUCAGAAUGGUUCACUGCCUUUCAAUAAAUUUGACUUCUUAGUUGCGUGGCUGUUCAGAGAAUGCUCAGGACCUUAUCUAUUUCUUCACGCUAUCAUCUACCCGGAUAUACAAUGGAGGAACAGGGUAUUUAAACUAGCGUGGGGUGGAGUUGCUCAGGAGAUCAAACCAAGGAUUAAGUGUUAAUCUUUCCUUCUUUCUGAAUAUUAACUUCCGCUUAUAUGUAGUGAUCAACCCGACAAAUCUCGAGGGAUUUAUAAUUUAAUUUUGAAUGAACUUAUAUUCCAACGUCGGAAUUGGAAACUAUGCUUUGAAGAUUGUCUUAGAAGUAGGUAUUUAUUAUUCUAUACUUUACGAAUGUUUUAGAUUCUCCCAAAGUUUUUUAGGGCAUUGAAGGUGAAGAAUUGUGAUUUUCUAACAUUUAGCUGAUGAGCCUAUUUGCUUAUCUCCUAAGCAUAUUGCUCAAUAUUAUCGUUUUGAAAUGACAUCUCUUUUCUCCAUCAAAUAAUUCUCAUGAUUUGACUAAUAAGAUCAUUAAUCGCUCGAAUAUCUGAAUCUGAAUUCCUUUUUUUCUCCUUAUAUUAAUGUAACUCUCUGGAGUACUUGGUGCAGAAAAAUAUAUAAAUUCAUUUUGGAAUUAUGCAUUUAUUAAACAAAUAUGAAUAUGUCAUAGUGGUGAA